AUGGACCUCAAUAUCAAACAAAGCGGAAUUCAUUCAUGCAUUUUGCAUACAUCGUAUUUUAAAAAUCGAUCAGGAAAAGUGUAUAAGAGGGCUGCCGAACGCUAUCUUCGCACAGAUAUUUCCUGCGGUCUUUACGAGUGUGAAAAAUGUAAAUCGUUUGGGGAUAACAAGCUUUUGAAAGUCGAGAAUCCUGUUAAACAUUCCAAGUUUGGAAAACAUGCGCUGAUAAUCGAUUCAACAUCAUUCAUUCGCUUUUAUGAUCUGUUCAAUUCUUCACUUUUAAGAAAUGUGAUGAUCACUCAAACUGUUUGGGAAGGUGUCAAACAGAAAUCUAUCGUCGCCUAUAAAAGGAUGCACGCAUUAUGCUACGAUGAAGCAAUUGAGCGUUUUCACGUCUUCAUGAACGAAUUUCACUUCGAAACAUUUGUGGAAGAAUCAAAAUUUGAAGAUUUGAGCAGGGGCGAAGAGCUCUUGAUGACAUCGGCACACUAUCUUACUGCACAUUGGGAGAACUACGGUGUGGCGCCAGUGAUUGUGUGCUCCGAUGAGGAAUCGGCGACGAGAAUGGGAAAACACUACGAGCACGUGACAACCCUUAAAGAUUACAUCCAAGGAAUGGAGGAUAAGGAAAAACAAGGGCUUUUGGAUCAAAUGGCCGCUUAUGAGCAUUCAUCAGCAUCCGCGGAGCAUCACAUUUAUGAGGAAUACCUUCCACACGACAAGAUCAUGGAAGGAAUUGCCGAAGGGACCAUCAAACGCGGAACAUUUAAUGUUUCGCGUGAGAACUAUCGCGAAGCGAACGUGAUCAUUGAUGAGAAUCUGACGAGCUGGCUCAUAUCGGGCCUCAAUUGCAAUCGAGCGGUGAAUGGUGAUGUUGUGGCGGUUCAAUUGCUACCCGAAUCUGAAUGGAUAGCGCCGGAAAGGAAAAUACGCCUUCGUGAUGUUGAGGAAUAUGUGAAAACUGCUGAUGAUAUGGGCGCUGAGGAUGAUGAAGAGCCGGAUGACGAGGACGAUGAGCCGAAGGUCAAGAAAUCUCGAAAGAAUGUUGUGCCGACUGCAAAGGUUGUUGGAGUAAUUAAACGAAAUUGGCGCCAAUAUUGCGGAAUGCUUCUGCCGAGCUCGAUGAAAGGCGCGCGACGCCAUUUGUUCUGUCCCGCUGAGCGUCUAAUCCCGCGAAUUCGAAUCGAGUCCGAACAGGCCGACGUUCUCGCUCAGCAACGAAUCAUCGUCGCCAUCGAUCAUUGGCCGAGAGACUCGAAAUACCCGCUCGGACACUAUGUGCGAAGUAUUGGAAAUAUGGGAGACGCUGAAACUGAGAAUGAGGUGCUGCUCUUGGAGCACGACAUCCCGCACGCGCCAUUCUCUGAAGCUGUCAUGGAUUGUCUGCCGAAAGAGGACUGGAAACCCGAUCUCAAUGAAAAGACCCCAAGGGUGGAUUUGAGACACCUUACGAUUUGCUCAGUGGAUCCUCUCGGAUGUACUGAUAUUGACGACGCUUUGCACUGCAGACAGAUCGGCGAUGACCUGUUCGAAGUUGGAGUUCAUAUCGCUGAUGUUACCCACUUUGUGCGACCGAAUACCGCAAUCGAUGAUGAAGCUGCCCUUCGCGGAACGACGGUAUAUCUUUGCGAUAGGCGAAUUGAUAUGCUACCGGCGUUGUUGAGCAGCAAUUUGUGCUCGUUGAGAGGAGAGGAAGAACGAUACGCGUUCUCAUGCAUUUGGACAAUGACGUCCAGCGCUGACAUUCAGUCGGUCAAAUUCCACAAAUCUCUGAUUCGAUCGAAAGCAGCGUUGACUUAUGAGCGAGCGCAAGAGAUUAUUGAUGAUCCGAAGCAGACGGAUGAUGUUGCUCAAGGCCUUCGUGGUUUGAUGAAAUUGUCGAAAGUGCUAAACGCGAGGCGAAUUGGCAACGGCGCUUUGACAUUAGCGUCUUCGGAAGUCAGAUUUGAUAUGGAUUGGGAAUCGAAAACACCGAAGAAAGUGAUGGAGAAGAAGCAUUUGGAUACGCAUUCGAUGGUUGAAGAAUUCAUGUUAUUGGCGAAUAUUUCAGUUGCCGAAAAGAUUCUCGCUGAAUAUCCAGAUUGUGCACUUCUUCGCCGCCAUCCGGUUCCACUAAAAGAAAGCUACAAAUUGCUCAUCGAGGCGGCUCGUCAGCGUGGAUUCGAAAUUGUUGUGGAGAGCGGAAAAGGAUUGGCGGACAGCUUGAAUCGGUGUGUCGAUGAGAGGAAUCCGAUGCUCAAUCGGCUUCUGCGAAUGCUGGCGACGAGAUGUAUGACGCAAGCCGUUUAUUUUUCGGCAGGCACCGUACCCGUGCCGCAAUACCAGCAUUUCGGAUUGGCGUGCUCGAUCUACACGCACUUCACAUCGCCGAUUCGAAGAUAUGCGGAUGUCAUUGUUCAUCGGCUUCUCGCGGCGGCGAUCGGUGCUGAUGACAUCCAAUCGGGCUUGCUAUCGCAGGCGAAAACGCAGAAAAUUUGCGCGAAUAUCAAUUAUAGGCACAAACAGGCGCAAUAUGCCGGCCGCGCGUCGGUUCAACUCAAUGUGGUGCGAUAUUUUAGAGGGAAAGUCGAAACUUGCGAAGGAUUCGUGAUGGGUGUUCGAACGAAUGGAAUCCAGGUCUUCGUGCCCAAAUACGGUCUUGAAUCGAUCAUUGUGCUUCAAACGAAUUCGGAGGAUACGGUAGUGGAUAUUGAUGAGAUGUGCGUCAAAUCGAAUGGCGAAAUUGUUAUCAAAGAAUUGGAGCCGGUUACGGUGAGAAUCAGCGUUAAUGAGCAGAAUCAGCAACGGCCGAGAGUUGAGAUGCAGUUGGUGAAGCCGCAAAUCGCCGGUCUCUCGGUGGACUUUGACCUUUCGUCAUCAGAAGGACUAUAA